AUGGUGGGCGAGAAUCUGCGGCUGUUUUGGCAGACAUCCUGCGAGCAGUCGCUGGUGGCAGCCGACGAGGCACUGACAGAGGUAGAGCGCCGGGUGCUGGAGAGCUCAGCGGCCGAAGCCAUGCUGGGCGUGCCCAAAAACCGCAGGUGGCUGCACGUGCAAAGCAGCCCCGCGCGCUGGCUGGCAUUGCCCGAGUCCCCGACUAGCACUCUGUAUAGCCGGUGCCGCCAGGUGCAGCUGCCGCCAGUCUCCACCGUCGGUGUCGCUGACCAUUCCAUCGGUGGCGCAGCUGGCGCCAGCUCGCUGCAGCAUGCUCAAGUAACUGUCAUGCUGGUCGACCAGCCCGAAGGCAAUGCCGAGGCAAAGCUCAUACAUGCGCAAGAAGCAGGUAUGCAAUUGGAGUUUGAGGUCGCCGGUAUUGCCCCCGCCCAGGAACAUGUCGAGACUGUGUUUGUGGACUUCGCUGCGCACCAGUCUGAUGCGUGCCUGGCAAGGGUCACCAGCUGCCGCCGUGCUGGUCCGGUGCAGCGCAGAAUGUCUGUUUCAGGAGUCGGACCAGCCCCUGCAGGUGUCAGCGCAGGCAACGGUGCCUGUGACGCGCCCACUGCGUGCUCUGGUCGAGACCCAGCCAAUGCAGCCGGCCAGCGUCGGGGAGCCCGGCGGGCGGUGCUUCCACCGCACCCUCCAUGUGACGCUGGAGAACACCGGGCCCUGGGCCGUGCAGAUCGACCGCAUCUCGGUGCGGCCGCCGGGCAUAGAUUCGCCGGUGCGGGUUGCGCUGGCGGCCACGAGCAGCGUGAGCAAUGUGGAGGUGCCAGGGAAUGGACAGAUCACAUGCCUGGUCCACCUCGAUCUAUUUGCCAAAGACCUGGUGCGUGUGCCCGAGCUAAUCUGUCCCGGCAUCCUGGAGGUGGAGUGGCGCCGGACUUUGCCGGCGGGCCUUUCCCCGCAGACGACGCUCCUGUGGCUGCGGCCCCUGGCGCUGGUGCAGCGCCGGGUGCAGCUCGAGUCCCAGUGCAGUGCUUCGGUGGCGCGGUGGUGAACAUGACCCGUGCGCUGGCAAUGCUGGAGCUGUCCAUGCAUGCCUCCGAGGGCUUUGUGUUUGCCGGCCCGCGCCGCACCACCCUGAAUGUGAUGCCGGGCGAUACUGCCGCGGUUGCUUAUACCGUGAUGCCGAUUUCUGCGAUCAUGCAGGGCCAGGGCCAGGGCCAGGCGCCAGGCCAGGCGGCCAUUUCCGAGGACAUGGGGCGGGUUGGCUGCGGCUGGAUGCAGCUGCCGCGGCUGGACGUCAAGAUGCUGGGAGCGUCCGUGCGCACAUCGACGGAUAAUGUGGAUAGUGAGGUGGCGAGGCGCAUGCUGUUAGAAAUGGCCAAGGGCGUGGAGAGCGGCCGGGUGUCGCCGGGGCUUCUGGAUCAGUGCCAGGUGGCCGUGCCGUACGCUGAUGCCGAGGAUGAGUCGGAUUUCGAGGAUGAUGUGUCUGUGGCCGAUCCAUGCGAGGUCCUGCGACUGGAUCAAACCACCAUCUUCUGCGAGCCCGAGUAG